UUGUUAUUAAAGUGAAAUCUUGCCGAAGGAAGGGCAAUUUUCGCGGAACCUUAAAAAAAAUUAGUCGAAGUCAUUGUGCAAAAGAGUUUUCAAGAAUUUUCAAAUUGUUGCUAAGGAGUCUGUGCAAUGGUUAAUGAUUCUUAUCGCUUACACAGUCGUCAAGUAGUCGGCGGUUUCCCUGACGCAGCAGCGAAUGGUUUACUGGAGGAACAACAGCCACCACCACAAAUGCCCGUUGACGUGGACAUGGAGAAGCAGUUAAAGGGUCAGAGAAUCAUGGACGCUUUGCUGGGCAUUUAUACCACCGAAGAGAAGGGUGUAGAACACCCUGACGCAGCAGCGAAUGGUUUACUGGAGAAACAACCGCUACCACCACAAAUGCCCGUUGACGUGGACAUAGAGAAGCAGUUAAAGGGUCAGAGAAUCAUCGACGCUUUGCUGGGCAUUUAUACCACCAAUGAGAAUGCGGUCGGCGGUUUCCCUGGCGCAGCAGCGAAUAGUUUACUGGAGGAACAACAGCCACCUCCACAAAUGCCCAUUGACGUGGACAUGGAGAAGCAGUUAAAGGGUCAGAGAAUCAUGGACGCUUUGCUGGGCUUUUAUACCACCUAAGAGAAUGCGGAGGAGAUCAAUAAGAACAACUUCAUUGGGCAUUUUGGCCAGUGCCACAGCGAUGCCGCUCUCUGGCGCUGCCAGCCCCGAGCAAUUGCCCACGCCCACAUCCCCACAUUGAUAUCCAAUAUGAGAAUAACCAAACAAAGCACUUGUAAAUAAAAGUAAUUUCAAAUGACCCGCUUUUGUAGAAUCUUAUACCGAUAUCCCCCA